GUUUUUGUGGCUUCUAUCGAAGAUGCACGCACCUUAAAAACACGCUCUUCGUUGUGAAAAGAAAAAUGUUCACAGGCGAUUUUGCGCGAACAGUGUGAAAUUAGCGUUUCGGAGAAUUAAAUCAACUCAUUAGUGAAAGGAGUACGAACUUACGAACUUUACCAACAAAGAUGAAUGUUCCCGAAUCAAUAUACCCGUAUAGUCACAAAUGCAGCAACUCAGUCGUACUACCGAACGAGAAGGAAACUGAUUUAACUUUGCUUCAUCUUGAGAAAUUGUUUAACGAGUUUAUCAAUUCAAAAUCACAGCUAACCGAACAUGAGCAAGCUACCCGAUUGUAUCACAUGGCGCCCCUUUAUUGCAAUAUCUUUAAACCGAGAAAUCCUGUUUCCGAUGGAAACGACCGUAGUGCGACGAGCGCAUCCACUCGAACUGUAUCAUGGGAGUUUAACAACGCAUUCUGCUAUCACAUAUCCUAUUUACUAGCCAAAGAAAUCAAGCAUAGAGCUUCGAAUCAAAGUACAGAGGGUGCAUCAAAAUCGAUAGCAACGUACUUACAAUUUCAAGAUUCUGAGGCCCAAAAUGAACCAUGCAAUGGAUGGAUGUUAUUAACAGCCAUCAACAUCAUGAUAGCUACAGAUGAUAGUUUUUCAUUACAAAAGAUAAUGAUCAACGCGUCGUUGCCCUCAACGUUGGUACGAUGCAUAUAUUUGUUUUUGGACCUUCCAGAGGAAGAAAAGGAGUGUGACAUCUCAGCUCGAAACAGUUUGCAGAAAUCAGAAGCACAUGGCGGGAAUUGUUUACUGUUAUUAUACAGCACAUUGUCUCAGAUAUUACAUAAACUUUGUAGUCUUCCAUCCGCGGUUGAAGAAUUGAUUGUGAUGGAUGAUUUGACAUUGCUGUUUUCUACAGUGACCACACAAUUUGCCCCAUGUAAUACUAAAUGGAGGGCACUAGCUCGUGAAAUUCUUUUUAUCAUUGCCGAACAUGGCUUGAGUAACGCAAUUCUCUCCUACCUACAUGGAAAAGGAUGUAUCGCACUCUGUUUAGACAACAUGCGACGUUCGUCAGUUUUCAAACCCUUAGAUACAGUUGAAAUGUUACUUUCAAUAUCUGCCUUUCUACAAAGAUCGUGUUGUUUUUCACAGACGUUAUUAGACGACUUCAAGCUAAGCCAAGGCUAUCAGUUUAUAAUUGAUUUUUUACUAAAAGUUGACCUAGAGCUGGUGGAAAAUGGUGUAGAGGAAAAUGAUGUACUCGAGAAUGUUCUUCGCAUGACAAUACCAAUGAUUGUUUCUCUUUGCACUACUGGAUUCACUCAAACUCAAACUUUGGUCCCUUGUUCUGAUCAAAAGCAAAAACAUGUUCUGAUACCAAAAGGCCAGCCGCAAGAAUUCCGUGUGCCCCACAUUUCAGCAAAGGGAAGUUGUGUGCGUAAUUUAAAUGCAUUCCAGGUCCUACAAACAGUAUUUCUACGCGCGUCCACUGCAUUGCUGUGUUGUAAAAUAUUAGAAGCCAUAAUGGAAAUUUAUCGAAUGGAUGACGCAAAUUAUUUUAUCCUGGAAUCUUUAAAUACUCUUUGUCUAUUCGCUGAAAAAAUUCAUCUAAAACCAAAAAUGAUUCAGUCAACGUUUUUCGAACUUGUCGAAUUUAUCGUAAUCCAACUGAAUUUUGUACCACGAAAAGAACUAAUUUCGCUUUCGGUUAUUUUGAAGUCGAAUUAUGUGAUGGAAACAAGCGUCAGAUGCACUCGAACACUAGUACAUCUAUUAAGGAUCAAUAACGGAUUUGUCGAUGUUUACCGCGAGGUAGGAAUAUUGGAGGUAUUCGUCACAUGUAUGAAGCGGUACAAAGAAUAUUUGUGCAUUCAUAUGGAUGCAAUAGCUAGUGAAAUGGAGGAAAGUCUUGAAAAAGUGAUACCUUCUACAUCUAAUACUGCAGAAUCCUUAGGACGGCUUGUCCUGGAAGGACUUGGAAUGCUACUGAACGGAAAUGCAACCAAUACUGCUAUUUUCAAAAACUGCGGUGGUAAUAAAUGCAUCUACGAAAUGAUGAAAUAUGAUCAUUAUAGCCCUGAAAUGCUAAAAAUCGUGAGAGAACUCAUUUCAACAGUAGGCGGAGAGGAUGAUAUGUUGAAUUUGCUUAAAAACAUGAAUGCAGACCGUGCGCCAAAUUCCACUUCAAUCAGAAUGAACGUGUUACAAUUUCUUAUUGAAUGUCUCAGGGAAAGUCAUCGCUCGAGGGCCUUCUUUCGAAAGGUGGGUGGGUUUGUAUACGUCGUGAAUGUUUUGGAGUCUCUAAAGGGUCAGUUCACAAACAUUCAUCUGAACAACGAGUUAUUGCAAAAGAAUGUACGGUUAUUUCGAGUCGUUUGUCAAACUCUAAGUGCUGCCAUGCGAUUUGAACCAGCAAAUGCAAAAUAUUUUCAAUCCGAGAUAUCCAACACAUUGUUCUAUCAAGCUAUUCGAGAAUUUGGUUGUUUUUCGGAUACAGAAAUCAUUCAACCUUAUACACACAGCUAUACUGAUCAUACCAAUGUAUUCAGCGUUGACGAACAAAAAAUGGAAUUAUUUAAAACCGUCUUCCACAUGACUUUUGAUACUACAGAUAAAUGGGACAUGUGUUUUUCUGACAGUAUACCAUGGAGUUUGAAUUCAAUUUGUAUUAUCUACCGUGUCCUCUACGAUAUUGUGCUAGACAUAUUCGAUAAACAAGAGACAUGCGAUUUAAUGCAAACAUCUCGAUGCAAUACAACUAAACCAGUAGCAAAAAGCGACCAUCCUAUACCAAACAGAAUAUCCUCGGAUCUCAAAACAUCUACGUCUACCGUAUCUACGUAUACAUCAGAUUGUCUUAUCGUACAUCCAUGCAUUAUCGAAUGCAUGUUAAAGCUGCUUCCUUCGGUGGCGGAUCUGAGUUUGGAAAAAAAUAAUACUGACACACGGCCGACUAUGCAUUCGUGCACUAUGACAUUGCAAUUUUUUUUGGCGGAAGUUAUAAAAUCUUUGGUUCGAAGUGAAAGGAACCAACAAAUUUUGUGCGACAGCGGAUUGAACCACCUGAUUCUGCAUAUGUGUAAGGAGGCUUUUAUAGAUGAACUACAUCCACUCCACACUCCUUUACAACAUAUUUUCGAGCGCCUAGCUGUGCAGGCGCUGAAACCUCAAGAAUUACGAUCAUUUCUACGUUUAACUCUAACGAAUCGAAAUGAAGAAUCAAAACCGAGUGAAAUUUCAUUAUGGAAAAAUGCAUACCCUCCAGUACCAUUAACCAGAGUGAAAACACUAGUGUCAAUAGCAACACCGCGUGAUUUCCGAGCGCAUGGUUCAGUCACCUUACCCUCUUUCAUUGAAAUGGAUAUGUCUACUGAAGGAUUUGGAUGUUUAUUUUUUCCGAACAUUGCACCAAAUCAAUUAAAUCACAUAUAUAGUUCCACACUCCAAAGAUAUGCAACGGCUUCGAAAGGAACAGGUACGAUAACUAGCGAAGGAAUAUGUUCAAAAAGUAGUGGAGAUGAUACAGGAACUAAUAUCCUAUGGUUGCCGACUGGAACAUAUAGCACCACUGGAAGCACAAGUAAUAGUACUAUUUAUGCUCAAGAAUGUGGGAGUGUUGGUGGUAUUGGUACCGGUGAUAGGGUUUUCCCUGCAGCCACUGGAUUUACAUUUAGUACAUGGUUUUGCAUCGAAUGUGUUCCCCAUGCUAAUACUGAUAACCAUCCCAUAAGGCUGUUGCACAUAAUCCGCACCAACGAUAAUAUCAUUGACGAUGCAGUAGUGGUAUUUGGCCUGCUCAUGCUUCCAAACGACAAAUCACUUUUGAUUACUACAGAGGAGAUGGCAUUCAGUACAGCUCAUUGUAGCAAUUUCAAGGAAGGAUAUUACGCACGUAUUUGGUGCACUACAUUCCUCGAAGAAUGCCAGUGGCAUCACAUAGGGCUAACGUUGAACAAAAAUAUUCCAAAAAUGUCGACUCUUUCCAUCUAUAUUGAUGGAAGACUUGUACACACUCAAAACAUUCAUCCCAUUCAAAGUGGACUGCACAGCAACGACAACAACAUAGGAAACUCUGUUCAUGCCAUUAUUGGAACGCCUCCAAUAUGGCGAAAAUAUUCGUCACUUGUGUGGAAACAAGGUGUUUGUCAUCUCGUCGAUGAGGUCUUCGAUGCAUCGAUUAUGAAUCGGGUAUACGCCUUAGGUCCGCAUUAUACUGGUUCGUUCCAGGAUGUCCGCUUAAAAGAUGAAGAUGAUGUUUGCGCAUUAGUUUCAGAAGAGCGAAUGACAUUUGGAGUUAAUCCAAAAGCCUAUUCUUACAUGACACUUUCUAAAAUACGUAAAGUAUAUAAUCGCGCAGAUGCUAAGGCAAUAGGAAAGCAACUUGGUAUGAGUUCACACGAAAACGCGACCCCCAUAUUGAUAUUGCACAAUUGCGCUGGACAUCUGAUUGGACCAGCUCGUACUUUAGGAGGUGUCUUGGUUGGAUAUUUGGGAAUACGAAAAUUUAAUCCCUUUCCUGUGUCAAUGGCAAUGAAUUCUAUCGGAGGAUGCAGUGUUUUACUUGGAUUGGUUGCAAUGUCGCAAAACAUUGAAAGCCUUUAUGCUGCUGUUAAAACGUUAGCAUGUAUUUUGCGUACUAAUAAAUCAGCACGCCAGGAAAUGAUUAGUUGCCGAUAUUACCAAACGUUAGGAAUGCUGUUUAAACGUAAGAAACAUCUUCUUAAUUCGCAUAUUUUGCAUCUCACGUUUAAUGUUGUUGGAACGAUACAUACCGGAUUUGAAAACACCACAAUACCAAACAUAACAGCUUUUCACGAUUUACUUUGCGACUUCGACAUUUGGUUAGAUACGUCCAAUGAUCUAAUAAGAUCCUUGAUCGAACAUCUGUUGGAACUUGCCGAAGAAUCUAACGCAAAAUUAAAAAAUAUUCGUGUUAUGCAGGAUUUGCAGUGCUUGCCAAAACUACUAUUUAUAAUUGAAUACAUCACUGAAGACAACGCGCUAAAUGCACUGUUUUCAUUCAUGUACACGUUACUCAACGUACAAACGAGAUGCAACGAUUUGCUACUUUUUGGACAGUAUAUCCUCAAUAGCAUUCCCGAGAUGAGCAAUAUUGAAGCUGAUCUUGAAAUGAGUCAACGCAUACUUAUACGUAAUCGAUGCCUGCAAACAUUACAUAGCUUGCUUUUUGGGAAUAAUAAUGUCAUUAAUUUACGGUUAUGUGACGAUAUUUCUCGGGUACUGGGAAUGGAUUGGAUACUGCUUUUAAUGCAACCUCAUCUUCAUCGCUCAACUAUGUUAUGGGCUAUGCGAUUGUUGGUCAUACUACUGGCACGAGAACCAAUGCUUAUUCGAUUUCGUGAUGGUACUGGGAGCAUUGAAGCAGAAGGGUAUUUAAAAAAUACGGAGUUGGUUAGCAAAUCACGUAAUGCUAUUUUGCUAUCAUCGAGCGUCCCUCAGAUGGAGGGAGAAGUUUUGGCAAAUGUUGUAACAGCCAGCAGUUCUGAAAAUGGUGGUUCACAACAGUCCUUAGUACUUAUGGGCUUCCCUUAUCUUGAAUGGUUGCUGCUUCAUCGAACUGACGUACCAGAAGUUUAUUCUUUACUCAUUUCGUUAGUAUUAGGAUGUCCUACAAAAUCAACCGAACUUCCGUCGGACAGCAAAAGUCUGGAAGAAAUCUGGUCUUUUGUUUGGUUAUCAGAUCAUCCAGAUCGAAAAAUUACAAAACAAUCAUCAGAUAAAUCAUUAUUCUGCUCGGAAGCUAUAUGUGUGUUAUUAACCAUGAUCAGAAAAGUAAUACAUGACCAUGAGACUGGUACAGGCGGAGCACAAAAGAAUUGUUCUAGUGACUACGAAACAGAAGCAAAUACGAUACAAAAUCGACUUCAAAGAUAUUCAACCGAUGUUAUGAAACUCCUUAUGUCAUUUUAUGAACAUAUCCCAGAGUUUGCAUCAAUUGUGAUGAGUGCUGAUGUAAUUGCAUCCAUUAUAGCUACGUUGUACCCUCCUCCAUUUCCUCUUUUGGACCCUGUGUUGUCUAAAUUAUGUAGUACAACGUUAAAAUCCUCAAAUUCCCUCCAUUCGGCAGGUGAAAGCUUGAACGAGAAUGUGAACAACGCUAUCACAAGCAAGACUAUGCCUGAAUGUACAAACGAUAGUUAUGAACGUAGUGAAUCAGCCUGUUUCGAAUUUCAUAUGCCAUCGGCACAGCAUGUGCUUGAAUUUUUGUUGACCCUGGUUUCAGAGUCUUUGCCACUUACACAUACUGCAAAAUCGCCUCCAGUGAUCGAUUGCGUAUUGGAAAUUUUUAUUCCUUAUAAUAUCGUAAGUGAAGAACAAAGGAAGCAUUUUUUGACUAAAAUAAUAUCAUUGAUCAUAAAUCAUCUGUUGUCAUCAAAUGUAUUGCAAGCAUUAUCAGCGAAUAACUUGUUAUCAUUGAAUUCUACGCAGUCGCUUGCUGCAAAUGUUUUCUACGUAGCGUCUAGAAUAGUUGAUAAAUUAUGGCAACGAAUGCUUUACAUAGAUGGUCGCGAGAUUCUUGAUUUCUGCAUUCAUUUGAUACUCAAAAUGAAACAAUAUCAUUCUUCGACCGUCUCGAGCAGAGGGGUAAGCAGCGGUCAUAUAUGUAACAUAGGCAAUACUGGAUCAUUGGAAUCUAUUUAUCGCUCUCUCAAUCGAUGUAUAUUGUAUCUUCUUGCCUAUCCGCCACGUGAUAACGAUUCUUCUUCAUUAGUGGAGGUGCUUCAGCUUAUAAUGACCAAUCGUUUGCUCGUGUUUGGUGCUGGUAAUCAUGAUCCUGACUUUAUCGGAUGUCUGACCUACUGCCUUUUACAGUUGAAUGGCCAAUCGGAUGCAAGUGACAAAAAAUCUAUUGUUUUAACAUCAACCUCCCCGCAUGCAUCUCGACGCACGACAACUUGGCACGUAGAUACAUUGUUCGCCCAAGAGCAAGAACCAAAUAUCAGAACAAAUCCUAUUGACUUACCGAACAUUUCUUCUAUGUCAUCUAAAUUAGACAUUGUUUCUUUUCGAGUGUGGGAGGAGUUGUAUAUCUGUAAAAAGCCUGUUAUAGAAGAAAUAUUCAAAGUAACUCUUGCACAACCAGUCCGUAAUUCAAGGGCGCCAGAUAUGAAACAAACUGAAGCUCAAAUAUGUGAUGUUGCGUUGAAACACUGGAUGGCCUUUUUGGAAGGUGAGCGACGAUCAAUUUAUAAAGCUCCCUGGGAGGGUAACAAAAACAUUCAAUCUAAAAUUCAAAAAGUUACUGGAGGCUUAACACGACUUACAAGCCGGUCUAAGCUGAAGAAAGACAAUAACAAGAGACGUAUCAGACCGAAUGAGCUAAGUGCCGCAUCAAUUGAACAAAUUUGCUUUGCUAAACUGAUGCCAGUCCGAGAUUACUGGGAAUUGCGAAUAGCACAACAUAGCUACAAUAGCGCACAUUCUAAACGCUAUGUUUACCAAGAUUGGCUUCAAACUGAGGCAGAACUUAUACGUGAACGUGCCAUCUGGGGUCCAGACUGUUGCGCAGACUUUACUAAAUGGAUUCUAGAUUCCACCGAAGGCCCUUAUCGGAUGCGCAAGAAAAUGUUACGAAACGAUCUAUUCUAUGUCCAUUAUCCUGCUCGUCAACAACAAUUGCAAGGCAUAAACGCUGAUUCACGGCAGCCACGGCAGAUAAAAUGUCGCGUUGCAAUUAGUCAUGAUAGUGAAAAGUAUAAUGCCUUUGUGCAACAGUAUCGAUGCAUGUUUCCUGAACAAUUUGAAUAUGAUUCAAACAGCAAUAGAGGAGGUAUAGUUGCUAAUGAUUGUUCGAUUAACAAUUCGGAAUCGCCCAAGCCUCAAAGAACGACAGGCGAUGAUUGUUUAGAUAAUGACGAGGAUGUUUGUUCAUCAUUGCCCGACAACCAAGUGUUGUUACGACUGCUGGAGGAAAGAGAAAAGGUUUCGCACAUUUUCCGAACCGCCCGUAUACAAGGUUUGGAUACAUUUGAGGGAUUGCUGUUAAUAGGCAAAGAAUGUUGUUACAUCGUGGAUGGAUUAACAUUGUUACGUAAUCGUGAAAUCAGAGAUAUUGAUUCGUUGCCGAAAGAAAGUUUUGAACCAAUUAUACCUAGCACUGCUACUGGAAGCUCACAAAUCGUGUGUCCUGGCAAAAGACAAUCUUCAAAGCUAUUCUACGAAGAUAUUCGUGAAAUACAUAAAAGACGGUAUCUUCUGCAACCAGUAGCACUUGAGUUGUUUUGUGAGGAUGGGCAAAAUUACUUGCUCAGUUUUCCAUGCAAGGUUCGCAACAAAGUAUUCCAGAAGCUUAUUUCAAAUGCAACAAAUACAGCCGACAAUGCUCAUUUAUCAGUAGCAGGGCAGAAACGAGCUGCUAAUGUUGAACAAAAUACUGGAUUGUUAAGUGGUCUGAUCGGAGAAACAUCUGUAACACAACGUUGGGUGCGUGGAGAAUUAUCCAAUUUUCAAUAUCUAAUGCAUUUGAAUUCUUUGGCCGGGCGUUCAUAUAAUGACCUUAUGCAGUAUCCGGUAUUCCCAUGGAUUUUAUCAAAUUAUACCUCGGAAACAUUAGACCUGACUGACGCAUCCAAUUUCCGCGACUUGGCAAAACCAAUGGGUGCUCAAUCAGAAGACCGCUUGGAGCAGUUUGUCAAGCGAUUUAAUGAUUGGGACGAUCCUCAAGGCGACACGCCACCCUACCACUAUGGAACACAUUACAGCUCAGCUAUGAUUGUUUGCGCAUAUUUAGUUCGUAUGGAACCGUUCACACAACAUUUUCUUAGACUGCAAGGCGGACAUUUUGAUCUGGCCGAUCGCAUGUUUCAUAGCAUACAGGAAGCGUGGUAUUCUGCUUCCAGGCAAAACAUGGCUGAUGUGAAGGAGUUGAUUCCGGAGUUUUUUUAUUUACCAGAAUUUUUAGAAAACGAAAAUAGAUUCGAUCUUGGCACUAAACAAAAUGGUGAAGUUUUGAAUAAUGUGAUUUUGCCACCUUGGGCUAAGAACGACGCUAGGGAAUUUAUACGCGUGCAUCGAGAAGCCCUUGAGUGUGAAUACGUGAGUCGUCAUCUGCAUUUGUGGAUAGAUCUUAUUUUUGGAUACAAACAACGUGGGCAAGCAUCGGUUGAAGCCAUCAACGUAUUUCACCAUUUAUUUUAUGAAGGCAAUGUAGAUAUUUACAACAUUGAAGAUCCUCUGCAAAAAAAUGCUGCAAUUGGGUUUAUAAAUAAUUUUGGACAGAUUCCCAAGCAAUUGUUUCGAAAAGCCCAUCCUGCUAAGAAAAUGAACCCGUUAAAACAUUUGGGCAAACUGAUGGAUGUUAGUCCUUUAAUAACGCCAUCAUCAGCACUCGUGAACAAUGCGACGUUGUGUAAUGAGAAAAUAUUCUUCUAUCACUUAAACAAACUCAAACCAAGUGCACAACCUGUAAAAGAGAUCAAAGGUCCAGUUGGUCAGAUUAUACUACAAGACAAGAAUAUUUUAGCUGUGGAGCAAAACAAAAUUCUUAUUCCAAAUGCGUAUAACCGAUACGUAUCUUGGGGUUUCGCGGACCAUUCUAUACGCAUUGGGUCCUAUGAGGCGGAUAGAGCAAGCUUUAUAUUUGAAAACAUCGAUCAGUGUGGUGAAAUUCUUGCAAGUGCGUCGCCAUCAGUAAAGCAACUCAUCCUAGCUGGUACUAGCACGGUUUUGUUAGUGUACAGUAUUGACAUAAAGUCAAAAAAAAUCAAUCUGCAGCAGACUCUAUUUGGACACAAAGAGGCCGUCACAGUACUGGCCUCUAGCUCUGCAUAUAACAUUAUUGUUAGUGGGUCUCGAGAUCGUACUGCAAUCAUAUGGAAUCUAUCGCGCCUCACUUACGUUCGUCAAUUGACUGGACAUGUUGGAGUCCUAACUGCGGUCGCAAUCAAUGAAUUGACGGGCGACAUUGCGACAUGCUCUGGCACGUGGCUUUAUGUGUGGUCAAUAAAUGGCGUGAAGUUAUCAUUUGUCAACACCAGUACCGGAUGUUCUAAUCGUAUGCAGCAAAUUCUGUGCACAACUUUUUCUUAUAUCAAAGAAUGGGAUGAUAAGAAUGUUAUCAUCACCGGAUCAACUGAUGGAGUUGUGAGAAUGUGGUCAAUGGAGUUUAGGAGUACAUCAAGUGAAGAACAGAGAAACAAACAAAGCUCACUGGAAUGCUUAGAAACAGAUACAAAAGAUGCACAUGUAAAGCCGAUGUUAAGCCAAAAGGAAAUCAAAAAAGAUUGGAUAAGACAGCUGGUACUCAGGGUAGACCUGACCAUGAACACGGCAUAUGAUCGUAAAACCAAUGCUGAACCGGCCAGUAUCACUGCUCUUGCAAUUUCAAAAGAUCACCAGUGGGUAUAUGUGGGUGAUGCCAGAGGACGUGUUUUUGCGUGGACAGUAACAGAAUCUCCUUUUUCUCAUAGUACGAGGAUGAUCAGCGGCUUUCAAAAGCAUGAAGAUGCAUAAUUAUGCAUCGACCAUUUAUUCAUGAUACGGUUAGCGAUAUCUGAAAAAAAGGAAAUACUUAUAACAAUAAUUUAUUUUUCGAAUAGUUUGUAAGGAACUGUGAAGCAAUAUGCAUUGAGUAAAGUGCGAUUUACUUUACCAUUGGAUUGUAGCCAUGAUGUAGAAACGGAUAUUGGAAAGCUAUUAGACGUACACUAUUUAUAAUGUUGAUACAAAACAUAUAACACAUUAGUAGAUUUCCAAAGUAACAAAAAUAGAAAUAUAAUAUUAGUAAAAUGUUGUGUAUAAACAAAGCA